CAGUAAACAACCAAUUGAUACCUCGCCACGAAUUCAAGGUCUCUGCGGUGUUUUCCCUUUCCCCAAAUCCAAAAUAAAGAGAUUUCUGCUCUCAUCCGUGCGAUAUGAGCGAGCCCGCGCCGGAGACGGCAACAUUGCCCGAGCGGCCGAAGAAAGUGAAGGAGCCUAAGAAGCCGAAACCACCGAAGCAGCCAAAGGCGCCUAAGCCCAAAAAUGAACAACAAGGCAAACCGAAGUCUAAAGCGGCAGCUGCCUUUGCACAUGAUCCGGAUUCUAUGUUCAAAGUCGGCUUCCUCUCCGAUGUCUAUGAAGAGAAGCCUGUAUCGGACACGGUCCAGAAAAUCGUGACACGAUUUCCUCCUGAGCCGAAUGGAUUCCUACACAUUGGCCAUAGCAAAGCGAUCGCGGUGAAUUUCGGAUUCGCUAGAUAUCAUAAAGGCGAUUGCUUCCUUCGCUUUGACGACACCAACCCGCAAGGAGAGGAAGCGAAGUACUUCAUCGCGAUCGAGGAGAUCGUCCGUUGGCUCGGGUUCAGUCCGGUGCGGAUCACCAACGCAAGCGAUAAUUUCGAUCGUCUCUACGAGCUUGCUGAGGAUCUUAUCCAAAGAGAUGGCGCUUAUGUUUGCCAUUGCACGAAGGCCGAAAUCAAAGCGCAACGCGGCGAGAGCGCAGAAGGCACGAGGGGACAAGCUCGAUAUGCGUGUACCCAUCGUUCCAGACCGAUUGACGAAUCCCUUCAGGAGUUCCGGGCAAUGCGUGACGGCAAGUACAAGCCGGGCGAAGCAGCCCUUCGCAUGAAGCAAGAUCUUGAAGACCCCAACCCGCAAAUGUGGGAUCUAUUCGCCUAUCGGAUAUUGGGUGAGGAGGAGUCUCACCAUUUCCGAACCGGGGACAAGUGGAAAAUCUACCCCACCUAUGAUUUUGCGCACUGUUUGUGCGAUAGUGCCGAGGGCAUCACGCAUUCACUGUGCACGACCGAGUUUGAAUUGUCUCGUGUCUCUUACGAGUGGCUCUGUGAUAAACUUGAAAUAUACAAGCCGAUGCAGAGGGAGUACGGCCGCCUGAAUGUCUCAGGUACAGUCCUCUCCAAGCGUAAAAUCGUCCAGCUCGUCAAAGAGGGCCAUGUCAGGGACUGGGACGAUCCGCGGCUAUACACGCUUAUUGCGCUGCGUCGCCGUGGUAUCCCUCCUCGGGCCAUUCUCAAUUUUGUCAACGAGUUGGGAGUCACCAAGGCGAAGACGAACAUUCAGGUGACGCGUCUGGAGCAGACAGUACGGAGGUACCUCGAAGUGACUGUCCCCCGUCUCAUGGUUGUCCUGGAGCCCCUGAAAGUCGUGAUCGACGAACUUCCGGAUGAUCACGUGGAGAUGGUCGAUCUUCCUUUCGGCAAGGAUGAGUCGUUUGGGACGCACACAGUUCCAUUGAGCAAAACGGUUUACAUUGAGAGGAGCGAUUUCCGGGAAGAGGAUUCGCCAGACUACUUCCGCCUCGCGCCUGGGAAAUCAGUCGGUCUCUUCAGGGCACCGUACCCGAUCAUCGCAACCUCCUAUGAUAAGGACCCUGAAACUGGCGCCGUCAUUUGUGUUCAUGCAAAGCUCGAGAAACCAGGUGAAGAUGGGAAGAUAAAGAGGCCCAAAGCCUUCGUCCACUGGGUUGCGGAAGCACCCGCCCAAGGCAGUCCACUCCGCGCCGAAGUCCGUGUCUCCAACCAGCUCUUCAAGUCCGAUGAUCCAUCUGCGCAUCCCCAAGGAUUCCUCGCAGACAUCAAUCCCGACUCAGAAGAGAUUUAUCCAGAUGCGAUGGUUGAAACCGGAUUUAAGGACAUUCGGGCGUCGGCACCAUGGCCGAAGGAGGGAGGGGAGAAGGAGCAGACAGGGGAUUCGGUUCGCCCUGAGACGGUGAGGUUCCAAGCAAUGCGCGUUGGAUACUUCACGGUCGAUCGUGAAACGACGGAUGAUAAGCUGAUAUUGAAUCGGAUCGUCAGCUUGAAAUCGUCAGCUUGAAGGAUGGGCAAGGGAAAAUGUGAUUGCUAGAGGCAUAGCUGGCUGGACACACUUAUGUCCUUUACGUUCGUGACGAGUUCACUGCAGAAAUGCAACUAUGAAAUGACGGUGGACAUUCCUUAAGCCAUGAAGGGCUGAUGGCUGUUUUUGUGACUAGGUAUCCCAUGUUCUUUCCUGUGGACUUGUAGUAUCACGAUAGAUAAGACUACGAGUUUGAAUGUAGCCAAAGAUUCAUGGU